UUGAUAGAUGGACAGCUGGAGCAGAGAGGACAGGAAGAGAAGCUGCGUCAUGUCUCCUCCUCACGAAUACAUGUAGUUAUUUAUCUUCGGAGCUGGAUGUCGGGGAGAGUUUGCUCAACUAUUGCCGUCACCGUGCCGUCCCGGGCUUAUUGUUGUGUUGCUUUGCCUUUUUUCUGGAAAACUAUGGAGACCAAAACAUGUCAAGUGAAAGUGUUACAACUGUAAGCGUGUCGAGGUUCUUCUGUAUAUUUGUCUACCUUGUCAAACUUCAGCGCAGGAAGAAAACCUUUGGCUCGACCAGGAGCCUCUGAGGACCCAUAUCAGCAUGGUGAACAGCCAAGUGUCAGGGGUACCGCCGGCCCCCAGGUCGUGUGCAGGAUGUGGGGGGAAGAUUGCAGACCGCUUCCUGCUCUUCUCCAUGGAGCGCUACUGGCACACUCGUUGUCUCAAGUGUUCUUGCUGCCAAGCCCAGCUGGGGGACAUUGGCACCACCUGCUACAGCAAAGGGGGCAUGAUUCUGUGUCGGAGUGACUACAUCAGACUGUUCGGGCACAGCGGGGCGUGCAGCGCCUGCGGCCAGUCGAUCCCAGCCAACGAAAUGGUGAUGAGGGCGCAGGGAAAUGUUUACCACCUCAAGUGUUUCAGCUGUGCCACCUGUAGAAACAGACUGAUGCCUGGCGAUCGCUUCCAUUACAUCAACGGUACAAUCUUCUGUGAGCACGACAGACCCGGAGCUGUUUUGCUUAACAGCCACCUGCCUCCACUUCAGAGCAACCCUGUGCUGACAGACCAGAAGGUAUGCUGAGUGGCAGUGGUGCUGCUUGUUGCCCUCGCCUUUCUUCCCGAGCUUCACUUCUCUUUGGUGCACUAUUAUUCUCCUGCUACUGUCGUUGAUGUUGUGGAUUCUCAUCACUGCCCCCGCCACUCUUCCCAAGGGAGGAUGCAGUUUCUCAGCAAGAUCCCUCUCGUCACCAUGUUACAAACUCUAUACGCUGCAUUCAAAGUCACAUUUAUGUUGUGUUCAAUGUUAAGUGGUCUGUGCAUCAUCAAAGACUCACAGUGUGUGUGGAAUGCACUGGCGAAAGGCUUCUCCGGACAUAGAAAAAGCAGUACAGUGACAAUGAAAGCCCGCGCCAACUGGAAGAGGGAGUAAAAGAUGCUUGAAUGAACAUUUAUUGGACUGCUGUAAAAUGACUGUCAAAGCUUAUCUCAUGCCAUGUGGCAUUAUUUCCCCUGAGCUUCAGUGUUUUUAAUGAACUCUCGAUCUCUCUUGUAUUUGUUAAUGUGAGAUUUUACACACUGAGGAUUGAAAUAAAAUUGUUCGGUGUCAGGCAAACAUUAUGAGUAUCUAAAAAUGUUCAGUCACAGGAAACCUUGCAAUGAGUUUAAAAAACUAGAUGCACAUGAACUGAAAUGAUCCAGUGAAGGAUUUAUCUUUUUUUCAAAUUCCUUUACAAGAUCCCUGUUCAGUGUGUGAAAAACAAAAUUAUGGAGUUAAAAACAAGUCAGAUGAAAAAGAUUUAACAUAUCACAAAGCAAGCUGAGGUCAUUUUGAAGCCCCUUAGCGGCAUUAGAGUGGCGUUGUAUUGCAUGGUACCUAGUAUGGUGGAUGUGACUGUCUCUCUCACUCUCUUUAGCCCUGUAUGGUGAAAACAUGCCUGAUUACCCCAAGGAAUGGAAUUAGGGGGCUUGAGCUCUGACCAUUUACAGAAGCAAUUAAACAUGAGCCCUGUAUCUGUGCUGCUGGAGCUCUUGGGAGGCUGAACUUGGGGCAUAUCCCGUGGCUGACUGGCUCGGUGGCUGCCUGCCUCUAAUAAAGCUUAAUCUGAAAGCAGCCUAAUUAAAGGGGAGUGGCCCCCUCUACAUCCAGGGCAUUUGAAACAAUCUGAUGUAUUUACUGUUUACCAUGUUCCAAUUAAAGUUCCAA